GAUGUCACUGCUGGGGGAGGGGCUUGCUUGUGUAUGUUUUCAUUUCUGUCGGCAGCACGGCGCUUCCUCAGUCGCUAGCUGCGCUGCGCGGAGAGCGGUGGAGCGGAGCAGCGGGAGGCUGCCUGACCCAGCUCAUGGCUCAGUCCACUAACACCGCGGACCAGCAACCGGCCGGAGAGAAGACCCAGUCGAGGAUAGAGGCGUCCUGCCUGGAGCUCGCCCUAGAGGGGGAACGACUCUGCAAGGCCGGGGACUUCAAAGGCGGGACGGCGUUCUUCGAGGCGGCCGUCCGGGUGGGCACGGAGGACCUGAAGACCCUCAGCGCCAUCUACAGCCAGCUGGGCAAUGCCUACUUCUACCUCAAGGAGUACGCCAAGGCCCUGGAGUACCACCGUCACGACCUAACCCUGGCCAGGACGAUAGGGGACAGGACUGGGGAGGGAAAAGCCAGCGGAAACUUGGGGAACACCCUGAAGAUCCUGGGGCGCUUCGAUGAAGCGGUGGUGUGCUGUCAGCGACACCUGGACAUCUCUCAAGAGCAGGGGGACAAGGUGGCAGAGGCCAGGGCGCUGUAUAACCUGGGUAAUGUGUUCCACGCCCGGGGCAAACAGCAGGCGUGGGGCUGUGCCCACGACCCGGGUGACCUGCCGCCCGACGUCAGGGACACCCUGAAGAGAGCCACCGCCUUCUACGAGAUGAACCUGUCAUUGGUCAAGGAGCUGGGCGACCGGGCCGCUCAGGGGAGGGCCUACGGGAACCUGGGGAACGCCCACUACCUGCUGGGAAACUUCAUUGAGGCCAUCAAGUUCCACCAGGAGAGACUUGCCAUAGCCAAAGAAUUUGGUGACAAAGCAGCGGAACGCAGAGCAUACAGUAACCUAGGCAACGCCCUCAUAUUCCUGGGGCAGUUCAAGACCGCUACUGAAUAUUACAGAAAAACGCUGCAGCUGUCCCACCAGCUGAAGGACCGAGCGAUGGAGGCUCAGGCCUGCUACAGCCUGGGGAACACCUACACCCUCCUACAGCAGCACGACCGCGCCGUGGACCACCACCUCAAACACCUGCACAUAGCCCAGGAGCUCAGAGACAGGAUUGGGGAAGGCCGUGCUUGCUGGAGCCUGGGAAAUGCUUACAUGUCUCUGGGGAACCACAGGCAGGCGCUGCACUACACCCGAAAACACCUGGACAUUUCCCGAGAGAUCGGGGACCGAAGCGGCGAGCUGACCGCCCGCGUGAACGUGAAGCGGCUGAUGGAGUCGCUGGGGGCGGCCGAGGGCGACCUCUCACCCUGCGGGUCGGAGUUCGAAGUGCAAGGAGCCCGACCGAAGUCCAGCCAGAGGAGCCGCAGGGACAGUGUUGAUCUGUGCAAGAGCCGUUGGGAGAAGGGGCAGAAUGGACACGGAUGCCAGGACGUGGAUGCCCAGUCAAGAGGAGCCAGGGGUCAGUUGGCCUGCCCUAUCAGAAGGAAGGGCCAUGCCGACAGCCAAUCAGAUGGAAGGAGGUGGCUAGAUUGGCAGGACUCCCCAGUUGACACUGAAGACAUUACAGUACAAGUGACCCAUCCGAAGCUAGGCCGUGGUCCCUCGGGCGAGGACUGCUUCUUCGACCUGCUCAGCAAGUUCCAGAGCAGCCGCAUGGACGACCAGCGCUGCCGCUUCGACGAGCCGCCGGACGGAGAGGAAGACCCCUGCUCCCUCCUGAUGUCCCCCCAGGCGGAGGAGCUCUUUGACCUGAUCGCCAGCUCCCAGAGCCGCCGGCUGGACGACCAGCGGGUGAGCGUGGGUGACCUGCCGGGCCUGCGCAUCACCCAAAACAACCUGGGCCACCUGUGUGGAGACGCCGAGCUCCAGGAGCCCGGGGACGACUUCUUCAACAUGCUCAUUAAGUGCCAGUCCUCCCGGAUCGAUGACCAGCGGUGCUCGCCGCCUGGCCCGGGCCCCCUGGCGCCGACGAUGCCGGACGAAGACUUUUUCAGCCUGAUCCAGAGGGUCCAGGCCAAGCGCAUGGACGAGCAGCGGGUCCACCUCCACGCCGAGGAGCGGGACGGGCCAGAACCAGCGCCUCCAUCCGGGGACUCCAGCUAAACCUGCCCAGGACACGCCCCCCCAUCCCCAAGCCCCGCCUUCUCACCUCCAAUAUGUACAUAUUCACACGAGAACGCUGUGAGCUACUUCGCUCGGAUCAGGUAAGAGGAGGCCGAGCUCCGGCCUGGGUUCGAUCUCAGCCACGCAGCGCUGCCAGGAAGCUCCGCCCAUUUCCUGAAACAGGAAACGCAGGAAUCGCCAUCCCGGCCGCGUGUCCCGCCGCGGCGAAGCCUGGGAGGCAAAGUUUUCAAGAACCGUCCGGGAUGAAUCAGGGGCCAUAAUCAUUAAGAUUCAAAUGAAGAGUGUUCUUAACUGUGGACUUAAACAGCAAGAGAGAAAAAAAAAACAUGCAUAAAUUUUGCACUUAAGAUAUUAGUUUGAACUUUGCUAAGGGUAGAUUUGUUGCAAAAAUCCCAAGUGACUUUUUUCUAUAUGUUUUAUUUAAAUUGACUUUCAAUUCUAUUUAGGGUUUAAGCAAAAGAGAUGCAAAUAGCAGGACUAAUUCAGACUUUUAUUAAUAUUUUUUCUUAAAAAGCAAUUCAGACAUAAGAGGGUCUGAAUCACAGAUGUACUAAUUAUGAGUACUUUAUCAUUUUCACCUCCAGCUGUUUAAAAAAUGUUAUUGAUGGGUUUCUUAUCAACCAUUAUUUUUUUGUCUAAGUUUGUUGGGUUAUAUUCAAAAUUAGUGGUAUUUAGAAGAAUGGUACUGAUAUAAAAUAUAUAUUUUAACAGAUAUUAUGAAUAUUGAAGAUCUGUUGACAGAAUUGGGGGUAUUUUAAUUGCAGUAUUACUCAGAAUAAACACCUUAGAUGCCUUUCCUACAUGCACUACA